AUGGCUUUAGAAUCCCUCAUAACUGCGUGGCCCAUCUCGGUGUGGCUUUCGCUCCUCCUCGCGAUUCCCGCCUUCACACUCAUCCGCGAUGUCUGGGUAUGGCUGAGAAUGCCUCCGGGGCCGACGCCCCUCCCAUUCAUCGGUAACAAGUUACAACUUCCGAAGUCACAGCCAUGGCUCCAGUUCCAGGAGUGGUCGCGCGUGUACGGUCCCAUCUUCACGAUAUGGAUAGGACGGAAGCCAACAGUCGUACUGUCGGAUCCGGUCAUCGCCCAGGAGCUGAUGGAAAAGCGGAGUACCAAGUACUCAUCGCGCCCAAGAAUGGUGGCCAUGGGCGAGAUACUGUGGGAUAACGCGAGCAUACUGGUGCAGCCGUACGGCAAAGAAUGGACAAUUCGAAGGAAGCUGCUUCACCAAGCUCUGACUCCAAAGGCAUUGAGGCUGUACAAACCCAUCCAGACCGCUGAAUCGAGCCGACUGUGCUGUCAGCUCCUCGAAACCCCUUCCAAUUGGGAGAAGCUACUGGAACGCUUCACGUCAAGCAUCGUCUUCUCGGUCGCGUACGGACAUCGGAUCGAUUCGCUCAAUGCCCAGGUCAUACAUCAGCGAUUCAAAUUCAUGCACUAUGCGGCAUCUCUGAAUGUCCCUGGGAGGUACAUGGUUGAGUCUUUUCCGUUCUUGAAAUAUGUUCCAGAUGUGCUCGCACCUUGGAAGGCGGACAUCAAGGCCCACGGAAGGGAAGAGGCAGCAGCCAACAUGGCUCUAGUCGAUGUCGUACGCUCAGAUAUGGCCCGCGCCAGAACGCAAGGAACCGAAAUCCCGGAUUCGUUAUGCAAGCUCCUUCUUGAGCUUCGAGAAAAGGAGCACAUACCCCUCUCCGACCGAGACUUUUCCUACAUCCCGGCCUCUCUUUUCGGUGCGGGCUCGGACACAACUGCAUCUACGCUCUGCACCGCCUUUUUGGCCUUGAUCACCCAUCCGGAGACACUGCAAGCCGCGCACAAUGAACUGGACACCGUUAUUGGCUCAUCACGCACGCCGACCUUCAACGACGAGGCCCGUCUCCCUUAUAUCAGAGCACUUGUGAAAGAAGUCCUGCGCUGGAGACCCGUCGCCGUCUUGGGAGGUACCCCGCAUUCGUCAACGGAAGAUGACCAUUAUGAGGGCUACUACAUACCCGCUGGUACCACUAUCCUCGGCAACUCGUGGGCCAUCAAUCUGAACGAGGAGUACUACCCAAAUCCGCACCACUUUGACCCCACACGCUUCCUGGAUGCUACUCUGGCCGAAAAGUCCAAGACCAUUUCCCCUCUCGGAAAGCCGCACCCUGCAAAAUCAGGCCACUCGUCGUUUGGUUGGGGUAGGCGGAUCUGUCCCGGAGCAGAUUUAGCGGCGAACAGCUUGUACAUUGCACUGGCUAAGAUCUUGUGGGCCUUUGACAUCUUGCCGAUUCCAGGGAUAAAGUAUGAUACGUUUGCGUACACGGAGGGCUUCAACAUCCGCCCUCAGAAGUUCGAGUGCGAGAUACGCAUCCGGAGGGAGGCUCAUAGACAAGUCCUGGAGGCGGAGCUGAAGGAUGCUGAGAGUGUGUUGGAGGUCUUCACGCCUUUUGAAGAGUGA